AUGGACCACGUUCUCGGUGUCAACAACUACUUCUUGGCCACGAAUGACCAUCGCAGUGACUCCAAUGACCCGGAGUUGCGACGGAGCAGUGGCGUCAUGAUGGUCUUUCAAAAAGACGUACCUGGCUUUGCUAACCUUCGCCAUCUCACUGACCUGGACAUUCGGGACAAAUACAUGGUCGUGCACACGCAAUGGGCACACAUGGACGUGUAUUUUCAUAACGUCUAUGCACCGGUCACCAACGACACUCGGGAAGCCUUCUUCGAAAGUUUGCCUCGCGAGUUCCCCCCCACGUCGAUACAUGUUGUCAUGGGCGAUUUCAACGUCCCUCACGACAGAGACCUGGACUCGCUACACCUUGGAGUCAUCGAUGCCUGGCGACUUCACCACCCCACGGACAAAGUGUUUUCCUCGCCCAAAGGGAAACACAGGUUGGAUUACAUAUUCGCCGAUGCGUCCCUGGUCGAGGAGGCUUAUCAUACGUCCUCCUACUUCGACUGCCCUGAUCCCACAGAUCAUCUUUGCCACUCCCUGACCCUGAUACCGAGCGGACCGAUCCUGGACACGUUGGCCCACCUUCAAACACACAACCUGUGCUACGAGAAGCACAGCAUGCUUAUGUUUGUUCCUGGCACGGUUCCGACCCUCGCCUUUGGGUCUCCAUAUCGCAUGUAA